AGCCCUCACAGAGUUUGUUCACAGAUUCCUGCCCUGGGAGCUCCAGACCAUCAAGUGCUUGGACCACAGAAACAACAACCAUGUGCACGAGAUGCUGGAAUCCACAGAGGGGAAGGUCAGGGACACCUUUGACUACGUGCUCCACAAGGGUCCCCUGUCCUGUGCCAGCGUGCUCUUCUGCCAGCUGGUUGAGGCCACCCAGUACUGCCAUGACAGCAGGGUGGCCCACCACAGCUUCGAGUGUAAGAAUGCCCCAGCUGCAGGGCACACCUUGAAGCUGAAGGAUUUUGGCUUCACCAAGCUGCUCCCCAGGGAGCUGAGCUGGACCCUCUGUGGCAGCACAGCCUGCACAGUGCCCAAGGUGCUGCAGGGUGUCCCCCACGGCAGCCCCACGAGCGAUGUCUGGACCACGGGCACCGUCCUCUAUGUCCUGCUCUGUGCCCACCCACCCUUCAACAACACUGAUACCCCCAAGAUGCUGCACCAGGAGCAGGAAGGCUUCUCUGUCCCUGGGCACCUGGGGAUCUCCAAGGAGUGCCAGAACCUCCUCAAAACGCUCCUGGAACUGGACAUGAUGCUAAGACUCCCCAUGGAGGGGGCCAGCAGGCACCUGUGGCUGACUCACCCUUGA